CUGCAUGAUAGACAUGAAACAGCACGUAGAAAAAAUCCUUGUCAGCUUCGUCUUGUGCUAGCUCUGUAGCUACUUGUUUUGUAGUGUUUUUGGAGGACAAGGGUACCUACUACCGGCUUCCGGUCCGGCAGCGCACAUUUGCCGGUAUACGAGUCUUUAGACUUGCUGAGCGUAUAACAUAACGACAGAUUUGAAAGUCCUUUCCUCUUUGUCCUCUGGUGUUGGUCGUCAAGACUUCACUCUUGGGAUUUGUGUUUUUGACUGAAAUCUUCGAAAUGGGUGCUGUCCGUUUCUUUAUCUUGGUCGGACUGAUGUGUGGUUUAUUUGGCGAGUCGCAUGGCCAGUUGGAUAAUAUUUACUGUGGGCGAGACAAUUGCUACGAUGUACUGGAGAUUACACGAGAUGCAACCCCAUCUGAAGUCCGCAAAUCGUACCGAUCACUAGCCCGCAAGUAUCAUCCGGAUAAGAACAAGGACAGCAAUGCCGAAGAAGUCUUUCAGCGCUUAGCCAAUGCCUAUGAGAUCUUGCGAGAUGAGGAAUCGCGUACCGACUAUGACUACAUGUUGGAUCAUCCUGAUGAAAUGUACGGCAAUGUGUAUCGGUACUACCGCCAUCGUGUUGCACCGAAGGUCGACUUGCGUGUUGUUGUGGCCGUAUCCAUCACCAUCAUUUCAAUUCUUCAGUACUUGAAUGGUUGGCAGAGAUACAAUGAAGCAAUCAAGUACGCCCUUGUCACACCACAGUAUCGCAACAAGGCAAAGCAGCGUGCGACAGAACAGGGGCUUUUGGACAAUAUUCGCAAGGGGAAAAAGUCAAAGGACGAGAUCAGACAAGACGAAGAGGCUGUUCUAAGGAAAGUUGUUGAGGAGAGCUUAGACAUUCGUGGUGGCUAUAGCAAGCCUAGUCCGUGGAAUAUCCUAUGGAUACAUCUUGUCCUGUCACCAUACUACUUGACAUGUUACCUGCUUUGGCUGGCGUCGUGGCAUUGGCGGUAUUCUAUUAAACGUCAGUCACUAACAGAUGAGGAUAAAGAGUACCUUUCCUGGAAGUUGCUGAAGCUCUCUCAAAGCAGAUGGGAGGCACUUCAAGACCACGAGCAAGAAGACAUUCUGGAACGGGAAGUUUGGAUACCAGAAAAUCUUAAGGCGUAUACACAGGAAAAGGAAGACGAAGCCAAGGCGAAAUUGGCUGAAAACAGUCGUUACAAACAGUACAGGCGCUACAUGAAAAAGAACGGACCAGGUCGAAUGACAUUCGAAGACUAAAUACAGAGAUCGGAAGAGACUUUUUACUGCAUGAAACUGAUUAUGGGACAUGGCGAGUCACCUGUAUUUCAACAUGAAAAUUGCAUGUACAACACAGACACAGCUCAUCAUUUCAUAUUAUUUAUUCCUGACCCCAUGCUUCCUCUUCUAUAACUCUUGUUUGCUGCACUUUCCCAUCUGCUUACGUACCUGGCAGGGAGACAUGUACAUACUAGUCAUAGAAACUACAUGUAACCUGAUCUUCCUCCUGGUGUCCUGAAUUACUGCUAGUCCGUGUUGUGCACACUGCCUCACUUGACUACAAGAGAUCGUUAUUAUUUUUAGUUCUGUGUUGCUGCUGCUGCUGCAGGCACAUAAGGUGCGUCAGCGCCUUUGUGCUGCUCUGCUGAAUUCAUCUUUCCAGUGGCUCCUGAAUCUAUGCCGGUGUUUUCACUACAUCUGCCCGAAGUGUGAUUGUAUUUAGUUCUAUUUUCUAUACUCAACUGCAGCUCAGCUGUACAGCGUUAUAGCUGAUACAGGUUGAUAGUGCGCGUGAGAGGAGAUCCUCGAAUAAUAUCAUUCUGUCUCUUUG